GAAAAGAAACCAAUGGAAUUGGUCUGUUGUGUCUGUCAGCCAACUAAAAAACUAUCCUAGUCGCAAAUAUUGAGGUGGCUGUUUAUACAUGAGCAGUCGAUAAUGUCUAGCCGGGCUUUGAGACGGCUCAGAGGGAAACAGCGGGGUCAGGAGGCCUUAGACCUCGGGGAUCUAACUUUGGUUGACAGCCCUGAGGAGGAGGAGGAGAAGCUGGACACGGCUGGUGUUAGUCCACCGUCUAACAGGACUGGCAGCAGCAGAAAGGCAAAGAAAGACAAGGCCCAGAAAAACUUCAGUAAUAUUUAUGAACUGAUAUGUGAUGCAGACAAGGAGGCAGAGAAAAUCUCACCUGAUGAAGAUUUAGAGAAACCAGAUGGAAAUAAGACAAGUGCCACAGGAAGGAAUGAUAACAAAGAUGUUGAGAGGAGCGAUCAAAAGCACCAGCAUGAGGAGGUAUCUAUAAAGUCUUUGUCUGGAGACAGAGCUAAGAAAAAGAAGAAAAAGAAGAAGACAAAAGUGACAUCAGAAGAUGGACAGGAUGCUGCACGAGAUGAUAACAUUGAUCUAUUGCUGGAGAACCUGGAGCAGUCCAAUGGUCUGAGUUUGCAAAAUGAGGAUUGUGGAGGCUUCGACAGAAGAUCUGUGCUACACGUGGAGCACAGGAAUCUCAACCCAGAGACGGAGCUGAAGAGAUAUUUUGGGGCUCGAGCUGUUUUGGGGAAUCAAAGACCACGACAAAGGAACAGGCAGUUUCACCGUAGCACCUGGAUGACCAGUCCCAAGGACAGCUGGCCUCGCUUCAGCCGCCCAGGAAUCUCAAUGACCUUAAUUCAGUCAAAGGAUGGCGUUCAGCACUUCACCUUCGAGCACGGUCGAGACUACCAGCAAGUACAGUUCAAGUUCCUCGAUGCUGUCGAGUCCAUGGACCCAAACAACAUUGUGGCUCUGCUGCAGCUGAACCCAUACCACAUCGACUCUUUGCUGCAGCUUUCUGAUGUCUGCCGUAUACAGGAGGACCAAGAAAUGGCCAGGGACCUUAUUGAAAGGGCCAUGUACAGCUUUGAGUGCGCUUUUCACCCUUUGUUCAGUCUGACCUCAGGUGCCUGUCGACUUGAUUAUCUCAGGCCAGAAAACAGGGCAUUUUAUUUGGCUCUUUAUAAGCACAUGAUGUUCCUGGAGAAGAGAGGAUGCCCACGGACAGCUUUGGAGUACUGCAAACUGAUCCUGAGUUUGGACCCAGAUGCUGACCCACUCUGCAUGCUGUUGCUCAUUGAUUUCCUGAUGCUGCGUUCCAGAGAGUACCAGUCUGUCCUCCAGCUGUAUCAGGACUGGGAGGAGCACAGAAAUCUGUCCCAGCUGCCAAACUUUGCAUUCUCCACUGCGCUCUGCCAUUUCCAGCUCAGUCAGCAGGAAGAUGUGGAUCCCGAAGAAAGUGACAAACAAAGAAAUAAAGCUGACCAGAUGCUGCAGGAAGCUCUCAUCAUGUUCCCUGGAGUUUUGACGCCUUUACUGGAUCUGUGUACUGUGCAGCCGGAUGCAACAGUCACCUCACAUGCCUUCUUUGGCCCAAAGAGUCAGAUAGGGCAGCCCCCAGCAUUGGCUGAGCUCACUGCUCUAUAUGUGGGGAGGACUUACACCCUGUGGAAGGAAGCAGCAGUAAUGCUUUGGUUGGAAGAGAGUGUGAAGGAAGUGCUGCGCCGAUGUGAUGCAAAAGACCCUUUGGUGGAGGACUCACAAAACAAGAGAAAGCAGAGGUACCAGAGUGCACCGCGUAACAUCCAUCGCCACGUUCUACUGUCUGAGAUCAAAGAAGCCACCUCCAGUCUACCUCUAGAGGUGACCACUCAGCCUGUGAUGGGCUUCGACCCUCUGCCUCCACUGGACGCAGUGAUAUCUUACACCAGACCAGAGAGGCAGCAUGUUGGAGCAUCCAAUGAGAGUACAUUGUCGCUGUUUUUCCGGUCUUUGCUGCCAAAUUUCAACCUUCAGGGCGGACAGAGGCAGGAGGAUGAAAUGGAAGUGGCUCGAGCUGGUCAAGAGCUGAACCAGGAAGUGAAUCGUCUAAUGGUGGCAAUGAGGGACAUGCUGGCAAACAUCAGGUUUCAGGAGCCGCCGAGAGAGGACAACCCUUACAGAGAUGAGGACGAGUGGGACUGAAAGAGGAGUGAAGCGAUAAGUGUCGAGGAUAAAGAAGAAUCAAAUAGACAAAACCAAGUUAAGACAAAUGAAGAUAUUUAAUGGUGUUUAUAAUGAUUGAGAAGAGAUGGAAUUUUUUUUUUUUAAUUGUCACAAUAUCAGAAUACUAAAGUAAAAGGAGGAGAUGGCUUGGUGUUAUGAGUCUGUCCUUUUUGCUUUAAAAUAAAACACUCUGGACCAAUCCAGAUAGUUAUGAACACAAGCAACUUUCUCCCAGACUCAGAAAACAGACUUUCAUGUCACCUAGGUUGACAUUGUUCCUUAAAAUAAUCAUAAUAAAACAUUUUGCAGGA